AUGGUCCUUUCAUGGUUGCUAAAUUCCAUCAACAAAUCUCUAAGGCAAGGCUUGUUCUAUUGUCAGAAUCCCUCUAAAGUAUGGAAAGACUUAGAUCACCGAUUCUCUCAAAGCAAUCACCCACGAUUGUAUCACCUCAAGCGCGAUCUCAUUACUCUCCAUCAAAAUUCCAUGACUGUUACAGCCUACUACAACACCAUCAAAGGGCUCUGGGACGAAUUGCAGACCCUACAAGAGCCUAAUUCUUGCACAUGCAGUGCUCGAAAAAAUGCCACGGCAAGAGAAGACACAGAACAUUUAUUCCAAUUUCUCAUUGGGCUCAACGAUUCCUUCCACAACAUCAGGAGCCAAAUUCUUGCUAUGGAUCCCUUACCCUCCAUCGCCAAAGCCUAUGCUACUGUUCAUCAAGAGGAGUCCUGGCGUCAUCUUCAUCUCCCACUCCUACCCACACCCGACAACACUGCUGUAGUUGUUACUCGAUCUUCCCAUCAGACCCUCAAUAGACCCACUGGAACGCCUCCAAGCCCAAAUAGAAGACCACCGCUGCCAUUGCUCCACUCGUCUCAGCCAAUGCAGUCUCUUGGGAGUCUUCUCCUUCCACUGCAAGUGUGA